CCCUUCCCAGACCCUAUAAGGCUUGGGAACUGGGAGCCCAGACGUUGCCAGCAGCUGUCCUGCUCUGAGGAACCCUGAAUGGUCCAGGGAAGUCCAGCUGCUGUGUCACCCAGAGACUACCACUUCCAGCCCCGCAGGCUGCCAUCAUGUCAGCUUCAGGAGAUGGGACCAGGGGUUCCCCCAAAUCCAAAGGCAAGACCCUGAGCAGUUUCUUUGGGUCCCUGCCUGGCUUCAGCUCUGCCAGGAACCUGGUGUCCCACACUCACAGCUCCAUCUCCACAAAGGAUCUACAAACAGCAGCAGACCCCUCGGGGACUCCUGUCCCUUCAUCUCCAGUGUCCACCAACUCACAGAUGGCAGGGGGUGCAGCAGGGCUGCUCCAACCUUCUGAACAGACUGCUGGGAACAAGGACACAGGAGGCUUCAGUGUGACCAGCAGCAACAAUGCCUUCUCCUCUGGGGUGUUUGGCAUCAUGGAUGCUGCAAAAGGAAUGGUCCAGGGUGGACUGGGUGCCACUCAGUCUGCCCUUGUCGGCACUAAGGAGGCAGUGUCUGGAGGUGUCAUGGGAGCAGUGGGCGUGGCCAAAGGUCUUGUCAAGGGAAGUCUGGACACCUCAAAGAAUGUUCUCACCAAUACCAAGGACACAGUGACCACAGGACUCAUGGGAGCUGCAAACAUGGCCAAAGGAACAGUGCAGACAGGCCUGGACACCACCAAGUCAGUGGUCAUGGGUACGAAGGACACGGUGACCACAGGGCUCACAGGAGCCAUGAAUGUGGCUAAGGGGACAGUACAGACAGGCCUGGACACCACCAAGUCAGUGGUCAUGGGUACAAAGGACACAGUGACCACAGGGCUCACAGGAGCCAUGAAUAUGGCUAAAGGUGCUGUGCAGGGGGGCCUGGACACCACCAAGUCUGUGGUCAUGGGCACCAAGGACACAGUGACCACGGGACUCACAGGUGCUUCAAAUGUGGCCAAAGGGACAGUGCAAAUGGGUCUCGAUACCAGUAAGAGCAUGCUGAUGGGCACAAAGGACACUGUAUGUGCUGGAGCCACAGGAGCCAUUAAUGUGGUCAAAGGGGCUGCUCAAGGAGGCCUGGAUACUUCAAAUGCAGCACUCACAGUCACAAUGAACAUGGCCAGGGGAACAAUGCAAAUGGGCCUGAACACCAGCAAGCACACGCUUACAGGCAUGAAGGACACUGUCUGUGCGGGGGUUACUGGUGCCAUGAACAUGGCUAAAGGUAUUCAUAUGAACACAGACGCCACCAGAGACACACAGUCUACAGUGCUGGCUCAUUCAGGUAAUAUAGGCACCAAUGCCAUCCACACAGGUGUUCACACAGUUCCAAGUUCACUCUCUGGCUCUCAUUCCAUCACAUGUCAUGAGCCUAGCAGUUACAGAGCCACCAACCAAGGCGUAAGACAGGACACCCUGACUUCCACAGAGUUCCUGUGCUGUGAGACCAGCAGCUUCUCAGACACAUAUGGCUUGGGGUAUGUCACAGAGCCCACAGCUGCCACUGAAACCCUUGUGUCUGGUAUGGCUUCAUCUGCCUAUGUAGCUCCCGGGUCAGUGGAGGAGUGUGGUCAGCUGGCUGCCACAGGCUUUGCUACACUGCCCGAUGAAUUGGAAGGGCUGGGUGAGAUCUUUCAGGCCAUGACAGCUGAGGAGCAAGCUCAGCUGGCGGUCUCAGAGUCAGGGCCCCGAGUACUCUCUACUGACCGGGGAAGCUACUACAUCCGCCUGGGUGACUUGGCCCCCAGCUUCCGGCAGCGGGCUUUGGAACAUGCCCUGAGCCACAUACAGCACAGCCAGUUCCAAGCCAGGGCCGCACUGGCCCAACUCCAGGAGGCCUUCCAGAUGACAGAUAUAACCAUGGAGGCUCCGGGUGGGAAACUGUGCAGGGACCAGAGCUUGAGCACUGUGGUGGAGGCUACUGAUAGCCAUGAGAUGCGGGUUUCCGUGGCUCAGGACAGGCUGUGCACACUCGCCCAUCAGCUCCAUGCAGCUUACAGCAGCCUGGCAAACAGCCUGCAGGGCCUGCCGGAGGUGCAGCAGCAGGCAGGGCAGGCACGGCAUAGCCUCUGCAAGCUGUACGGCCUUGUGUCUUCGGAGGCAGGUAGUGAGCUGCAGACAGAGCAGCUGGUCCAGAGCAGUGCUGGUGUUGUCCAGGCAUGGCAGGGCCUGGAGGUGCUGCUAGAUAAGCUGCAGCAGAGCCCUCCACUCAGUUGGCUGGUUGGACCCUUCACCUCGAUGCCUUGUGGCCAGCUGUAGGCACUGGAGGGCUCGGUGGGUGGGGUGCCCAGGGACCAUGCUGUGACCACAGCUGGCUGUACUUCCCCAAAGCUCUGGAUUGAGCAGGAGCAGAAGAUCCUCGGAAAGUGAAUUUCAAACAGCCACAGCUCCUGCUAUUUCUAAGAAUCAAUGACCCCCUCCUCCAAACUAGCUGCCAAGUCUGUUCAGAUACAAGCCACACAGACCCCACACAGAAAGAGUAAAAAAGCACCACCUGUCCUCACUGGCCAGCCUUCUAUCCUUGGGGCUCUGACCCUCUCUCCAGGGCCCAUAGCUCUCCUCUAUGGGUGGUGCCACUCCAACCCAGGCCCCACUCUGGGCAGCACAACCACAGAUCUUCUCUAAUGACUAGACAGCUCAUAUCCUUGUUCCCUGGGACUGGAAUGCACCAGAAUGGACAACCAUGCUGAAGUAGGCUCCUACAGCUGCUUCUGAUACUUAGUAGGAGAAGAGCUGCAAAAAGCUACACAAUUACAUUCCAAGAUGCUGUGGGCCUUGACUCAGGCCCGCUCUGCUGAGAAAAUGAGAGUCAUACAUACACCACUGCAUGGAGACAGGGCUGAUUUGACAGGCCUUGCAUGGCUGAGUAGCUGUGGCUUGGGUAGGAACAUGGCCUGCAGCCUAGAGUUGAAGACUGUACUGAAUGGGGAUAUGGGCAGGCUAUGGCUCAUCUCCCUUGACCCACGCACGCAAGAUAGAAGCAAACAAAAUGUUGGGCCACAAGGCCCUGCCUCACCACCAGGCCAAGGCUACAGCCCAGCUCUCCCUGAACCCCAGCAGUGCUAGUGACCCCAACCUUCCAGCUCCUUUAUCUGCACUCUUGGAAAAUAACAAUGUCCACAAGCUUCAGGGCGGGGCCAGUUGUGCCCAAGGAAUGCCAUGAUAGAGACGGCAAGGAGCCUUUCCCUGUCCUUCUGCCAUGUCAGCAUCAGGGUGACACUGGGCUCAGAGCCUGCAGCUAAGCCUUCCAACAGAUGGCACGAGCCUCAUUCCAUCAUGCCCAAUUACUGGUGGCUACUGAGGCAGGUACAUACAAUUGGGAGGCAUGCACCAACUCAUGAGCCCACGGAGAACACAGAAGAGUGGGGAAGCCCCUGCUCAAAGCUAUACACAGUGAGAGGAGGCUGGGAUGGUGUGGACUGAAACACUCCAGCCCAGAGGCUGAGCUGCCCCAGAGGUACUUUGCUGGUCCCACCUGGGGAUCCCUGCAUAGCUGGUGAUGGACUGCUCCUGUUGGGCUGUCCUUAGUAGACACUAACUUCACUAAAUUCACUAGCUUCACUUAUGCUGGUAGGACAGGCCACUCGCUACACAAAGAGUUCUGCUGGCCUUGGCUAUGAGUCCCACCCUGAAUCAGGUCUGGCUCCCCAUACUGCUCAAGGUGGCCAACACCUAAGUCAAUAAAAGCUGUUUCUUUUUCAUUA